CGUAGCAAAAUGUGGAAUAAAUCAAGGGGUCUGAAUACUUUCCGAAUGCACUGUAUGUGGGCCUACACUUACCAGGGGCCAGGCACACUGAAAACCAACAUAUGUUGUUCGUGCCACUGUAGACCUAAAACCAGCAUAUUUGGGGUUAAACAUGUACCUUAUGCUACCUUUCUAAAAUUACGGGGGUGGGACUCGUGAUUUCUUUUAAAGGAGCAUUACUGACUUCAACAGGUACAUAUGUUGAAGAAUAUCACAAGUCAACUAUAACUUUGGUUUGUUGAAAUAAUGGUUCUAUUUCAAAGGUGUGCGCUGAAAAACCUUAUCCUGCCGAGUCCGUACUGUCGGGGUUGGGGAGUUCUACCAGCGAGUAAAAGUUAUAUCACUGAGUUCGCAUUUUUUCUCCUCCUUGGGCAUCGAUGCACUGGAUACAGUACCAUAUCAGGGAUCCCUGGUGUGAGAGAACGUACUCUUAUUGCAGUGAAACCAGAUGGGGUCCAGCGCCGCCUUGUGGGACAGAUAAUGCAACGCUUUGAGCAGAGAGGCUUCAAACUGGUGGGCAUGAAGAUGCUGCAGGCAUCAGAGGAGCUGCUCUCUCAGCACUACCAGGAGUUAAGCAGGAAGCCCUUUUACCCCACUCUCCUGUACUACAUGACCUCUGGUCCCAUAGUUGUCAUGGUGUGGGAGGGUCAUAAUGUGGUCCGUACAUCCCGGAUCAUGGUAGGAGGCACCAACCCAUCCGAGGCCCAAGCAGGCACCGUCCGGGGCGAUUUCAGCAUUCACAUCAGCAGGUUUGUAUUUAUUUUCCAGAAAUGUGGUCCAUGCCAGUGAUUCAGUAGAGGGGGCUCAGAGGGAGAUCCAGCUGUGGUUUCAUCGAAAGGAACUGGUGGAUUGGGACUGCUAUAACCACAAUAGCACCUACGAGCUUUGAGAAAGAAGGCAGAGAUUGAAAGAGAGCGUGAACAAGGUAGAAUGACCAUCAGGAACAGUGGCACCAUACCUAACUCUGUGUCCUGCUUGCAAUACUCAGCAUUCUCCAUCGUGGGAGGCUCCAAUACCCAAGAGCCCCUCGCCUACUCUUAUACAGUAAUGUAUCGUCCUCCCCAUACGUUUUUGGAUUUAAGAUCAAAUGAUCCAUAUGACACAUCGUUAGUUUAUUUGAGGCUGAUUUAAUGAAUAUCCAUUUUACCAUUUAGACAUGAAAGCACUUUAUAUAUUUAGUCCCUCCAUUUGAAGAAAUCAUAGGUAUUUGGACAAAUUUACGAGUGUAGUUACUAUUUGUUCCCAUAUCGCUUGGACCUAAUGACUUCAAGUUUGCAACUCUACAAACUCAUUGGCUGUAUUUGCAAUUCGUUUUUUUGUGUAUUAUGGGAUGUCUUAUCUAAUAGUAACUAAAUGGUGUCUGGAAUCUU